CGCUGCCGGCUGCCCUCCCCGCCCUGCCUCUGGAGCUUACCGUCCUCUACAACUCUCUGCUUUUUACUAUGGGAGCAGCUGACUCUGCCAUUGAAGGAGAAGCAGAAGGAAUACGCCACGGGCUCCUCAGGGUUUUGGAGGCUUGUGGGGCCUGUGGGCAGGAUCUUAGCACGGAGGAGCUGUGGCAGAAGGUGCUGCAGGAGGUAACUGCGGAGGAGCUGCAGGCACCUUUGCACCGACUGGGGGCCCUGCAGGCAGCGUGGUGGCUGGCAGCCAGCCGCCUGGGAAGCACUGCUGGCCUCUUCCGGCUCCUGAGCAGCACUGAGGAUCCGGGGAGAGCUCACUGCAGCGAGGGGGAAAAUGAACUCCUCUGCCUCCUCAAGGCAUGGCGAGUACCUGCUGAGGAGGCCUCCCUGCCCCUUGUACAGAGCACAGAGGACUUGAAAGCGAUCCUCUGCACCACAGCAGCUUUCCUGCAAGGGCUGCAAGAGCUGGAGGCUGGGAACUUUCCCACUGCCCUCUCCCUCCUUCAGGAGGCUGCGGGAGGAUUCUGUUCCAAGAGGGUCCUGGCCCAGAUCUACACCUGCCUCGGCUGCUGCGCUCAGCGAAUGGGCAAGCCUCAGACAGCCCUUCAGCACCUGAAACGAGCCCUCCAGGUAGACUUCCAGUGCCUUCCUGCCCUGUCCCACGUGGCAGCAGUGUACCACGAGCUGGGGGAGACCGAGGCGGAGCUGCAGGCCCUGGCUCUGCUCUAUGAGGCUCUGGGAAAAACCCCUCCAGCAGCUGCUUCCUCUAGUCCGUAUUUCCUAAUCCGAACAGAGCUCCUUGUCCACACACCAGUACUAGCUUCUCUCCUUCGCCAUCGCCACCCCUCUGAAGUGAAGUACCUGCUGGCACAGCGGUGUCUCCAGGACGAGAGGGUGGCUGAGGCGGUGGAACAUUACCUGGAUUUUCUGGCUCUGCUUCAGGAGGGGCUGCAGGAGCAGGUGCCCCUAGACGGUGGCUCAGCUCUGCCCAGGAUCCCCGAGGUGUUCCUGGAAGCAGCGUCUGCCUUGGAGCAGGCCGGGAGGCACCAGGAUGCCAUAACCGUGUGUGAGGAGGUCAUCAGCCGGACGACCGACCUGAUCCCACGGAUGUUACGAGUGGAGGAGAGGCUGGAGCAGUCGGAGUGCCCGUCGCCAGGGGCAGGGCUGGCGGGUGGGCUCCUGUCCCAGAAGAAGGAGAGACUGCGCUGCCUCGCCUGGAGAGCAGCUGGAUACCUGCACCAGGGCUGGGCGUGGGCCAGGCUGGGCGAGAGCAAGGAGGCCGGAACGCCGGUCAGCCGGUGCCUCAGCGAUCUCUUGCGAGUUCAGCUUUAUGGGUCCGGUGUUGAACCGGCAGAGAGUCUCCUGCCAGAAGUGGAGGUGCUCCAGAAGAUCAGGUUGCUCUCUCUCAUCGGGAGGGGCGCACAGUUCCUGGAGCUGGGGAGGCACAAGGAAGCCUUGUUGGACUUCCAGCAUGGUUUGCAGAUCUUGCCGGGUGACCCAGCGGCUGCCUCCUACCUGGUGCAGGCCUUGUGGAAACUGAACCGAAAGCAGGAGGCGGCUGCUCACUGGCAGAAGUUCUCCCAGAGCCGUGCUGGGGAGGAUGGGCAGCAGGAAGGGCAGGGAAGGCCCUUCCCUUUGUACCUGGCUUCGUGUCUGAAGCAGGUGACGUUCCCGCACAGUGAAUCUCUUGCCAGAAGCAUACGGGAUUACCUCGGGAACACAAGCCGGGAAUCCUCGAGCUAA